AGUUGUCACGGUGAUCAUACGACCACAGACCUCUCUCACGAACACACACGUACGAACGUCCUGUGUCCAUCCUUGGUGUAAAGUAGUACUUGUUGAGUCAAACGGGAAUCAUGAAGACUACAGCCGUGCUGGUGUGCCUGGCUCUUCUGGUGGCCAUAGUGCACUCCGCUGCCGUGGACGCUGAAGCUGCAGCAAGCAAAUCGAGAAACAAGCGUGCGGCCGCGGGGAAGGCUUUGACUGAGUUGGAGGGCACCUUGAAGAAAGUGCGCGGAGACCAUAACCUGGUCCACGAUGCUCAUGUUCGUAAAGAGCUGGGGAUGGCCAAGAGGGCAGUCGGGAAGAUGAACCAUGGGCAGAAGAGGGCAGCUGCCAAGAAACUGGGCUCGGACCUGCAUCUCAACAAGAAGAUGGCCAAGGAGCUCAUGGGCAAGAUGCACGGCAAGAAGUAGAGAGAGGCAUCGGUUGGACGAAAGCCGUGCUGACAUAGAUGCGACGACAUGGCCGAAACUAACACGCUAGUUUUAAUUCGUUCUAACUUUUGUGGUGGUGAACUGAGAACUUCUAGACAAAGGUUACCUCUGACUAGCAGUAUAUUUAUAGCUAAUUCUUGCUAACAUUUUAUUGUAAAACGAAUCAAUUUUAAACAAUUGUAAAAGCCUUCAAUAUACAUAUCCAUGCAUACUGUUCAUAGAUCGAUAAAAUGGCACCGAUAUAAGAUAAUGUUUCAUUUCGAAUUUAGCAUGAACAUUCUUCGUCAAAAUACGAGGGUAAAUAUACAUACUACAAAUAUGAAGUCAUUAUGAUACAAAAUCAACCACUACAAUAGCUCCUGAUUUAGAUAAACUUCACAUGAUGUUUAGAGAGUAGUUUGUGUCUGUUUUUUUUCUUGGGUACGUAGUUAGAUCCUGAUUUACAAAGUUGAUCCAUGGCCAUGUGACAGUCAAAUAAAGCUUGAUUAAGUUCGACAA